UUGUAUAUGCAAAGUGAUUGAAGCCAAGGAAACAUGCGAGCACAAGAAAUUUAUGUCUAUCACCCUCUUAUCAGUUUAGAUCUGGGUGGGGUGUUAGCUGAAGCUCUUAAGACGAUGUUGUGUGAAGAUAGACAGCAUGACAUGCUAAAGGCUGCUGCAUUUGUAAAACGUUUGGCCACAUUUUCAUUGGGCUUUGGAUCUGCAGAGGCCAUGGCUGCAUUGGUUACAUCGAAGCAUCUUCUUCAGAAGAAUGUGAAAUGCCGGAAUCUCUUGGAAAAUGAUGCUGGAGGUGGUUCAGUUUCAGGUACCAUUGCGAAAUAUCAGCCAUAUGCCUCAGACCCCAAUUUAAGUGGUGCUCUUUCUUCAGUCCUUUGGGAACUCGAUCUUCUCUCUAAGCAUUAUCACCCCGCUGUCUCGACACUGGCUUCAAGCAUUUCAAGCAUGACCAGUGCUAACAACCAAGUUUUUCUCUCUACUGUUUCUCCUAACAAGCUUUUCUAGAUUUGUCACUUGAAAGAGAGUCCUUCACCUCGCAGAGUCACGGCAUGAAACUGAAUAACAAGAGGAAAAGAGGAAGUGGGUCUUCCACAUCAGCCAUUACCGACCCUACUUCGGAUACAGAUCCAAUCGAUGAAGAUAAGGUGAGAAAUAAACUUUCUACACAUUUCAUGCUUCUUCGUGACAUUAAGGAGAAUGAAAGAUUGAGGGCUGAGUUAGAUCGUACUACAUCAUACCUACAGCUAUAUGAAGAACAUAAGCAGCAAAAGAAAAAAUCUAGAAACAUAGCAGGCAAAACUUAUAUUGGUUGUUGUUAUAUCACAAGUUUUUUUCUUUUGUAUUUUUUGUUUUAUAGUUACUAAAAAAUAUGAUACUGGAGGUUGAAAUUGGAAAAUGGCAAACCUGUGACCAUUUAUACCUUCG